ACUAGCACUGGCGCUAGCAUCACCCAGCUGUUUCAUCCAUUUUGUUUAGCCUAGCUAAGCUGCGUGUAUUUACAGUGCGGCAGAGAUGGAUGACGGCGACGAGCCGGGUUUAGUCCUCUCUCACAAUACUUCGUCGGGCUCCAAGUCGGGUGGGGACAAGAUGUUUUCUCUGAAGAAGUGGAAUGCUGUAGCUAUGUGGAGCUGGGACGUUGAGUGUGACACUUGUGCCAUUUGCCGAGUACAAGUAAUGGAUGCGUGUCUACGAUGCCAGGCGGAAAAUAAACAGGAGGACUGUGUUGUUGUGUGGGGAGAGUGCAACCACUCCUUCCAUAACUGCUGCAUGUCCCUGUGGGUGAAGCAGAACAACCGCUGCCCCCUCUGCCAGCAGGACUGGGUGGUUCAGAGAAUCGGCAAAUAA